AUGGCCCUCAAGCGCAAGCGCUCCGCCUCCGAGCUCGUCGCCCUCUUCCCCUCACCUGUCCGCUCCGAAUCCAGCAUCGAGUCCUUCGAGUCACCCAUCUCUCCAAGUCGCAUCUAUCCUUGCGCGCACGGGACGCCCUCGCACGUUUCGAGUCGGACAAUGAAGCGCUUCCGCGACAACAGACCCUCAGAGGAUCAAAUCCAUCAGCGUACUCUGAACAUGCUAUACUCCGCUCAGCAACAGAACCAGUACAUAAACGAUGCGAACAACGAAGUUAACCACUCCGAGCCAUCACCCAACCCUGCCGCGCGCAACACCCAAAGGUCCCUUCACAGCUUCUGGAAUAUCAAGUCAGCGGAGCCCAGUCUCUCCGCCUCCUCGGCCCCGUCUGUGGAUCAGGCCGCGCUGUCGCCUAUGAGCUGCGACGACUGCGGCGCUGGUCUCGGCGCCUCGGACGGCGCUGCGGACGGAAUGGAUAUCGACGACGGCUACAGCUACGGCGUUGGCGCCGAGGCUGAUCACUCUUGUGGUGCGUGCGGCAGGCCCGUGUGCUCGCAUUGCUCUGUCACAAAUCUUGGCGAGCAGCGGCGGUGCCUGCGGUGUGUUGGGAACGCAGCUGGAGGAGGACGAAACGGCUCUGUGUGGCCGUCGUCGUCGUCGUCGUCGGUGUCCAUCUUCUAG